UGAUGGCUGACAAUUUUGGAUUCAUAGUAUAAUCAGGAGAAUAGUAGUGUCUAUAGGAUCAAUUAUUGAAAGGAUAGAUGAUGGCAUUAUAGAUUAUUGCUAACUCGACUGAGUUCGAGUUUAUAGUGGAGGUACACACUUAAUUCCCAAUCGUGAAAGCAAGGCCAAAAAGACCCGUAGUAGAUUGAGUCCCGUAAAAAUGAGAUCCUCAUUAAGUACACUUUGACUAUGUGGAGCAAUGAAUACCUGAAAUAUUGCUUUAGAGUAUUUGGAUCAAAAAACGCAAAGUUUGACAUCACUUAUAAGAAAGGGGAUGAAACUGUAGAUCGAGAGUAGAUGGCCAAUAAAGAAGAUUUAGAUUUAAUUGAUGGAUAUUUAAAACAAUUAGAUAGAGUUUAUGCUUAAAUGAAAGAUUUGAAUAGAUUCUAAAAAGGUUCAUAAGAGAACAAUUAAGGUUUGGGAGAAACCAUAGGAUUAUAGAUGACUACCUUUACAAUGUUAACUUUGUUAACUCUUUGUAUAUCUACAUAUGUUAUGGUUAAACAAAUCAAAGUGACAAUAAGAAAAUAAAAAGAAAAAUGAU